AUGUAAGGUCAAAUAAAGAGCGAGAUUAAAUUCCUUAAAGAAUUAAAUGAAAUAGAAGCAAUCCCUAAAUUAAUACAUCAACUCCAGAAAAAAAGUAUGAACCAUUUAAUCAAUUUAAAAGUUAUCUUAUUCUGCCACUCCUACAUAGUAGCUUACAGGUUUUGGUUAAAUCUUAAAAAAUAUCCUUAUUUUUUAUUUUGGCUAUUGGAUUAAGUCUUAUUGAGACUUUAGAAAAAGUGCAUUGAAAAAAUAUCUUAUCAAUCAGUAAAAUAUUUUGAUAUCACAAAAAAUUCAAUUAAAUUUAGAGGAAAAAUUUCUUGAGCCUGGAGUUAUUUAACUAAUUGAUUUAGGCUUAUCAUAAUCAAUAGGAAAUUCAAAAUUCUAAGAAAAAAUAUUAUUUGGUUCGUUAAAUUUUGUAAGCAGAGCAUUUCAUAAAGAUGAAUAAUUAGGGUAUAAAGAGGAUUUAGAAAGUCUAUUCUAUGUGUUAGUAUAUUUGAAAAAUUGUAUUUAUAAUCAUUUACAAUAGUUAAAUUGCCAUGCUCUUAAGAAUCUUCAAAGAAUUUAAGAGUGUGGAUAAUAAAUUGAUUGGAGACAUGAAAAUUCCCUCCUUAAAACAAUUACAUUAUCCUAAGAAUUCCCUCCUAAAUUUUUUAAAUUUAUGUCUUACAUUGAUGAACUUAAACCUAAUUAAAUGCCAGAUUAUUCUUUCAUAAAAUUUUUGAUUAUAAAAAUGUUACAAAAAAUUUAUUUAAAUCCAAAUUCAAAUCAAUAUUGA